AUGCAGGGCGACGCUACCAUUACUUUCACGCAGCCGGGCGUGCAGCCGCCUGUCUAUGUCGUCACUUCCCUCAGCACGCCGCCAUGGGCACCUCUUGAGCUGAAGCCGAGCGAGGAGAAGACGCCGUCUGGCGACAUGGUCUUUGAGCACAGGUUUGGCAACGUCGCCGAGGGUAGCUACCAGUACAAGAUCCGCAUUGGUGAGGGACAUUGGGUUCUUGACGAGUCCAAGGAAACUGCUGCAGAUGAGCUCGGCAACCGCAACAACGUCGUUCACGUCAGUCCCGCGGAAUCCAACGCUGCUAUCGACCGUACAGCAAAUACCAAAGAUACGCUCGAUCGCAAGGACAGCACGCUUGACACAAGUGAUAUGAAUCCAGGACCCAUCCCGUUCGUGGUCGUGGAGAAAGCCACCGACCGAAACCAGCCAGAGUAUGGCGACGUGCAUCCUAGGAGCUUUGUCGUGGACGAGUCCAAGCGCGCUGCCGACCCAGACCCGGACUUUGAAGAAACCAAGACAGACUCUCCCCUCGACACCGAAUCACUCAAGUCACCAGAAGUGCCUCUCGUCAUGGUCGAGAAGGUGGACGAUAAGCCAGUGAAUGGGGACGACUUUGGUCAAAAUGCAACCAACGGCCGAAAGUUGGCACACGAGCUGGGAUCCGCAGAUGCAUCGCCAGAUCGGCUCAUCAUCUCGCCUGACGAAUCCAAUGAGCUUGAAUCUGAGGACGAGCAAGCCCCACUGUUCCGGCACGAGUCGUUCCAAGAUUCCAAGGCAUCUUUACCUGAGCCUGCCAUGGAUGCAAUUGAAGAAGAGUCUGUACAAUCUUCGACCGACCAUACCAGCUCAGGAGACGCCAUGGAUACACCUUCGGCGGAGUCGCAGGAUGAAUCACAGGACAACAACGAGCUGGGCCAUGGCCCUCUUCUCCCCCACGAAACAGACUUCCGGGACAAUGCAGGCGAGCUUAAGAGCAUGUCUCUUCUUUCUCACGAGACUGAAGAUGAAACAAAAGAGGACGAUGAGUUCACCGAAGGGCCCUUGCUUUCCCACGAGACCGGUUUUACCCUACCAGCCAGAGAUGACGACAGCGACUAUGAAGAGGACGAGCAUGACGUAGCUCCGCUGUUACCACACGAAACUGGUUCCUUGUCGUAUAAGGUCAGCGAGGCCGCUAUCAGAAGCAGUCGCCUUACAAGGGACAAGUAUGAAGACGAACCAUAUCACUACACGCAACACGGCGACGACUCAGACGACGGCGAAAAUCACGGAGAGCUGGACCUUGCUCCUACCUUUUCACACGAACGAGACCUGCUCGCUGAAGACCAUGGAGCACCCCUGCUUCCGCACGAACGAGGGUCUGCAGCUGAAAGUGUGUCUGGAUCUGAGCGAUCUAGUAGCAUGAGUCCGACAACAUACGAGAGUGCUUAUCCGGCUCUCGGGCAAGAGAUGGACUCUGCUGGUGAAAUAUUUGGCGGCUCAAUGCGCUCUUCAUUUUUCAGAACGAGGACUAGCAGUAGUACGCUUCCGAACAAGUUGCCCCGAUCGGACGCAGAGGACCUCAAUCUCCACGACCUGGGACUGGAAGCCUUCCCCGUCGGUCGUGACCAGAUCUAUGAGCGUGUGGCAACUAUUGGCCGUAAACUUCCCGAAGACGAGACGCACGACAUGCCGACCUCACCACAGUCAUCGGUUUUUUCGCAAGCUUGCUCUUCGGUCGACCUCGUACCGGUCAAAUCGUACCUCUCUUUGGCGUCGGUGCGCGAAGAUUCGGAAGAGGAAGACGAGGGGCAAGACGCAGACGUCGAAUCUCUUCCCUCACCCGUGUUCAUGAGCCAACAGAGCGCUAGAUUCGCUCGCGAUACAGACCCUCUUGCUACGCCCCAUCCUGACGAUAGCAAACAGCUUGGAUUCGUGCCCGACGAAAAACCUGAGACGGAAACCACUCACGCUGCCGAGUCUAGCGAAGCCGACAGUGUUAGCAAGACUGACGGUGCCAAGGACAGCUCAAAGGGCAUGACUAGCCUGUCCGACAUUGUCGCUUCGAGAGCAACGGUCAUGAACACUCUGACACCACCGCUCACUCCGAGAGCGCUUCAGGCAAUCUCUGACAAGGAGACACCCAUGACUGCACCCGAGUCAGAACUUCGUCAACGUCGAGAACCUGUGAAGGACAACACCGAAAGCUCGCUGCCUAUUCCACGUCCUGACAACAAAGACCAAGGUCUUUGCAGCACUGAUCCCCUCGUAGUGACAUCGGGCGCCGAGGAACCGAAGCCUAGGAAGAGCAGUCUGCAGGAUUGGAAACGGGCUAGCAUUGGCGUCCCAGCCGUGGUCGCUGCCGUAGCCGCAUGUUACUAUCUUGCUGUAGUACGAUAG